CAUGGACAUUUCUGGGACCUUGUCCCAGACUCGAGCUGACCUCAGGGCUGCCUGUGACCAGAGUAGGUGGGGUCUGUCCCUCACAGUUCCUUUGCAGGAACUCCGGCCUCAUCAUGGACCCAGAAUGCUCCCGGCUCCUUCCAGCUCUCUGUGCUGUCCUGGCAGAUCCAAGGCAGCCGAUGACAGAUGACACCUGUUUAGAGAAACUCCUGGACUGGUUUAAAACAGUAACAGAGACAGAAUCCAGUCUCCUGCUGUUACAAGAGAAUCCCUGCCUGGUCGAGCUGCUGUCCCAGGCCCUGAAAUUCCAGGAUGUGAGUUCCAGAAUCCUCUCCUUUUCACUUCGCCUUGCUGGCAUAUUUGCAGCCCAGGAAAACUGCUUCCAGUUUCUCCAGCAGGGAGAAUUACUGCUUGGGCUCUUUGGUGAGGCGGGUCCCCUUGGCCUGCCGGCCUGGAAUGUCCCCUCUGUGCGCAGCGGCUGGAUCCAAGGCCUCUGCUCCUUGGCAAAGCACCCCAGUGCUGAGCAGUUCCUGGUCGACUGUGGUGCCGUGGACACCAUCUUCUCCCUGCAAGAGGAUUCCAGCCUUUUUGUGGCCUCUGCUGCCAGCCAGCUCCUGGUGCAAGUCCUGAGUUUAUCCAUACAAGGUAGAGCCACCCCACAGCUUGGCUCCUCAGAUGGUGACUGGCCCUCGUGUGCCCAGAGCAUCGUGGGCUACCUUGAGGAGUCCCUGCGCUCCGGAGCCACGCCACAAAUCACACAGGCACUGAAGGUCCUGACCACCACGUUUGGGCGUUGCCACCACUCCUGGACAGAAGCCCUUUGGAUGCGGCUGAGCCCUCUAGUGACCUGUCUCCUGGAGAAGGACACUGUCCCCACGGCUCACUCGCUUGCUGACCUUUUCCUCAGCAUGGCAAGGUCUCCUACUUUUGGUUCUUCUGACUGUGACCUGUGGGUGACGUUGGCCCAGACUCUGAGCUGUCUGAGCCCCACGCAGGCAGGGCCCCUGGCUCUGGGGAUCCUGAAACUGCACGUCUGUCCCCAAGCUCUGAAGACCCAGGCCUUUGAUGUCCUCCUUCAGCCGCUGGCGUGUGUCCUGGAAGCUGCUGCCCAGGUCCCUGGAUCUUCAGGCUUGCCAGAUGGGACUGGGAGCAACCCCACGAUGGCUGAUGCCCUCCUGGCCUCCACGUCGUCCUGUGCGGCCCUCUUGUGCCAGAGCCUGGCCCACCUUGGGGAGCUGCAGGCACUGCCCCAUAGUCCGCGGCCCUGGCCGCAGGUGCUCCUCCUUGAGGCCACCAUGAUGACGCUGCGCUUCUGCAGCGGCUCUGCAGUGCCCAUCUCCAGCGUGGGAGGACGCCUCUGCGGGAUCCUGGCUAGCUGCAUCCGUGUCCAACGAGCGGCCCUCGACUUCCUGGGGAUGCUGUCUCAGGGGACAGGUGCAUGUGAGGUUUCUUCUUCCGUGAUGAGCCACACUCCUCACCCCUCCAGUGUUCCUUUGCAUGUCCUCUCAGGGUGGGACUCAGCUGACCCAUGGGUUCCUUGCUUUCCUGAGGCUCAGGCUUGCACCUUCCCUGCUGGGACCUGGAAGUUCCUGGGAUGGGGGUGCUGGGGUGUUCAUCCACUUGCAUCUGUCCCAGGCCCCCAAGAGUCUGUGACGCAGGUGUUUGCCAUCCUCCUGGAGUACCUGAGGAGCCCUGAGUCCAGCCCUACGGUUCUGAAGAAGGCCUUCCAGGCCACUCUCCGGUGGCUCCUAAGCAUGUCCAAAGCCUGUGGCUCCAACAACCCUGACCCCCACACCCAGCCAUUCCUCAGAGAGCUGUUCCCCGUGAUGCAGAAACGUUUGUGCAACCCUUGCUGGGAGGUAAGGGACUCGGCUCUUGAGUUCCUGACUCACCUGACCACACACUGGGGAGGGCAGCCCGACUUCAGAGAAGCCCUCCUGGCCUCGGACGUGCCUGAGCUUACUCAGCAGCUUCUCCAGGACCCCGAGGCCUACGUCCGCGCAAGCGCAGUGACAGCCAUGGGGCAGCUGGCCAGCCAGGGUCUGCAUGCCACUCCCAGUGGCCCCGAGCACCCAGGAGCCAAGCAGAAGAGUCUACCCCAGGAGCUCCUGCAUAUCCUCUCCUUGGACUCCGAGGGCUUCCCUCGGAGGGCAGUGAUGCAGGUCUUCACACAGUGGCUGCAGGAUGGCCACCCUGCGAUGGCUGAGGACCUGGAGCAGUUCAUGGCCCGUGUGUUCCAGGUGGGCAAGGCUUAACAGCUUGGGACCAAGUCCUGCCUAGGUUCUUGCGUUCUACUGACCAAGGAUGACGAGGAGAGGCUCAGCGGUUCCACACGAACAAAGUGGCAGAAAGAAAGCGGAGGCUCCCAAGGGAGAGACGAGAGGGGCUUCCACCUACACUAGCCUCCAGUCUCUCCCCAAAUAGAGAUCUUCCUGGAGUUUAUAAAGGGUUUUAGGAGGGAAGGAUCGCAUGUUUUAUUCAUUGAUUUUGGGGGUGGGAAGGUGGGGCUUUCUGGGAAAUGGCGGGAUUAAAGAAAUUAGGUGUGUAGGCAUCUGGAAACCAAGGUGGAGUCAGUUUGGACGAUGUCACAUCAGCACUGCACAGUCUCGGUGGCCACUUGACAAGACUGUAAGGUCAUACCCAUUCUCACUGUGCAUGCCCCAGGGAUCAGCUGAUUCUGUUCAACUUCGGAAAACAGCUUGUAGGAAAGAUGCGUAGAACUUCAUGUGUCAGAGUCCAGGAUGUGGGUUAUCUUGUAACACCACCGCCUAUGGUAAUAAAAAAAAAAAAGUCCUGAAAAAGAACUUGAGAGAGAGAUGCAGGACGCCACCCCCACAGUGAGGUCCUGAAAAACAACUUGAGAGAGAGAGAUGUAAAUCUUUGUGCGUCAUGGGCUGCAUGUGUGGGUUAUCUUGUAACGUCACCCCCACAGUAGAGUCCCAGAUCAACAGGCCGAUUAUUCCGGCCUUGAGGCUGUCCAGCCUUCUGCCCCUGUCUCGAUUCUGUGCCUCGCCUGGUGCCCCCUUAGGCUUGUGCCCGGGGGUAAGUGCCCCCUCUGAUUCUUCCUUCCCUCUUCCAGUUUCUGGUGGCCCAGGUCUUCCUUGGCUUGUGGCUGCAUCACUCCCAUCUCUGCCUCCAUGGUCAUGUGGCCGUCUUCCCUCUGCAUCCCUUCUCCUCUUUUCUAAAGACACCACUUAGAUUGGAUCAGGGCCCACCCUGUUCCACAUGCCUUAACGUUAACUGAUAACAUCUUCAAAGACCCUAUUUCCAAACAAGGGCAUGUUCACAGGUACUGGGGUUAGGACACAACUCAAUCAGUAGCAGUCUUCUUUUACUUUUCAAAAUUCCUCAAAUUUUCUACAAUUGACAUACAUCGUUGCAUAAUCAUUUAUAAAGGCCAUUUUUGAAGGGGCAGAUGGUGACAAAUCCCUCAGUCAUCUGUGGGGGCGCUGCUGAGUGCGUGGGGACAUUUCUUCAGAAGGAGGCAUGGCAAGGCCGAAGGGGGGCUGGGCUGGCUGCUGAGAGCAAUCCUUGGCCCCAAGAAGCCCACCUUGUAAAGGUUUCCAAAGAGAAGAAGGGUGCCUUGAGCAGAAAAAUCUUCAGUCUAGCUCUGAAGCAAUAAUGGCAGCUUUCAGGCAGAGGGCUAUGGGCAGGGUCCUCCCAGUACAGCUGCACUUGGAGUGCUUACCCAGCUGUGGGGGCAGUGGGCAUAGUGCCAGGGCCACCUUCACAGCUGGGCCUGGGCAGAGGGUGGACGCCAUCCCCAGGGCUGCUGACUGGCUGUGGGCAUAGGGGGCCGCUAGCUAGCUCCCUCCCCUCUCCUGGGUGCAGGCAAGCCACGAGCACCUGGAGAAGGAGCCACGUCUGUGUCUUGAGUGCUGCGGCUCCUCCGUUGCUCCCUCUGGCCGGCUCCUUCAGCUUCCUGACCCCAGACAGGACCCUGGGGAGGUAGGCAGAGAGACCCUCAUGUCGGCCAGCAGCAGCCAGUGGAUGGGCCACGCAGGGGAUGAGGAAGGCAUCAGAGGUCUCCUGACCUCCCAAGACCAUUCCUCCCUGGCCAGGAAGAAGAACACAGUGGGGCAGUGUUCCUGGGAGACUGGUGCUGGUCCAGCCAGAGGGGGCCAGGAGGCAGGCAGACAGGCCCCAGCCAGGUUCUCUCUGACCACCUGGGUGACUUGGGCCCCCUCCCACCUCAACUGUCAGCCCUGCAGGGGCAGGGAGAGGUGUGCGCUGUUCUCUCCUGUAGCCCCCUUCCUACCUACGGCUGGUACAGAGUUGAGACCCCGUGAGUAGCGGCUGCUUGAAGCAACAGCUGUCUGUCUCGGUCCACUAAAGAGGAGACACGGAGGGCCAGAUAGCACCUGGCUUGUCCCGUCAUGGCGGACAGUGGGGGCUGGCCCCGCCCCCCCAUUCUAAUAACCACUGGUUGCCGAGAAGUCAGUUCUGACUCACGAUGACCCCAUGCGUGUCAGAGUAGAACUGUGCUCCAUAAGGUUUUCAACGGAGGAUUCUACAGAAGUAGAUUGCCAGGCCUUUCUGCCUAGUCCAUCUUAGUCUGGAAGCUCCGCUGAAACCUGUUCAGUGUCGUAGCAACACACAAGCCUCCAACGACAGAGGGGCGGCGACUGUGCAUGAAGUGCACUGGCUGGGAAUUGAACCGAGACUCCCGCCCAGAGGGCGAGAAUCCUACUGCUGAACCACCACUGCCUCAAAGACCAGUUGCUGUCAGUUCUGACUCGUGGCAACCUCGUGUGUGUCAAGAGUAGAACUGUGCUCCAUAGGGUUUUCACUGGCUUAUUUUUUAGAAGUAGAUUGCCAGACCUUUCUUCUGAGGCACCUCUGGGUGGAAAGGAACCUCCAACUUUUCAGUUAGCAGCCAAGUACAUUCACUGUUUGCGCCAUGCAGGGACUGCAUCCUAAUAACAGCCUGUUAAUUUCCCUUCAGUCCAGGUGCUUCCUGGAGUGCCUGACCCACCUGCACCUUCCACCCACCAGCUGACUGUGCUUGGUGUAGAGACCCACACAGGAGCAGACUGUGUCUGUGGACAACAGUCUUAGGACCCUGGGGCUGGGGGUGGGGAGCCCGCAGGGAGGGAGUCUGCCUAAGCAUGGAGCCCCUGGGCUCUCAGCCAUUCUCCUUUGCUUAGCAGCUGGAGCUGGUUUCUGUCACUUUCAUCUGAAAGAGGAGGCAGGAACCCAACUCCCCAGCCCUGCUUUCCCUCAUCAUGGAGGCAAGGCUCACCUGGGCUGGAGUGAUGCCAGGAUUUUCCUGCAGUCUUGUUCACUCUGCAAAUACUUAUUGAAUGCAUCGUAGAUGUCGUUGGCCGUGCCUGGUGGGAGGAUGUGGUGGCAGGAUCCCCACUCUCACCACCAGCCCUCCGCGUACAACGGGGGUGGUGAUUAGGAGGCUCUGCCGCGUGGGCAUGUCACGUUCCCUGCCUACUCAUUUUUUCAUCCAUAAAAUAGAGACACAAGUAAUAGUUACAUGAGGUAAUGCAUCUAAAGCAUUUAGUAUCUUGUGCCUGGACUCAAGGCCGGAUUACCCAAUAAACAAGGUACUCAUGGGCCCAGUUGUGCUGCCCCGCCAAUCUGCACUGCACAAUUUCAUCUGUCCCUCACCACAUCAAAAAUGUGAUGAAACCCAUGUGAAUGAAACCUUUGCUCACCACAGAUUAGCAAGUAAAUGCAAUUAAGCCAGUGUAUACCUUGCUCAAUGCAAGCUAGUACAUACCGUGCUUACUGGUUAAUCCACACCUGCCUGGAGUCCUUGCAUGGUGCAAACAGUUAAUGUACUCAGCUGCUAACGGAAAGGUUGGAGAUUCAAGUCCACCCAGAGGCACUGAAGAAGAAAGGCCUGGCGAUCUAUGUCUGAAAAAUCAGCCAUUGAAAACCCUAUGGAACACAGUUCUACUCUGACACACAUGGUGUCAACAUGAGUCAAAGUCCGCACAAUGGUAACUGGUUGGUUUUUGGAUCUUGUGCUUGGCAUAUGAGAAAGUGCUAAAAAAAAAAAAAAAAAAACCCAACAUACAUACAUAUAUAUGUAUAUAUAUAAUUAUAUCCUAACAGGUGGGCAGACAAAGGGGCGAUGACAACUAGGCUGCGUGUUGUAUUCCUCCCACCCUCCCCACCAUUAUUUCUGUGAGUCUGGGGUGUCUCACCGUGCUGUGGAAGAAGUCAGGUGUGCAGAAGGUGGGGACCAUGGGCUCUUGCCCCUGCCCUGUGCCCCAAUGCCCUGUGGGUUUUAGGGGAGAUGAAAGCAGGAGGGGUGGUGCCCACAUUCCAGGCUGCCCAUCUGACUGGCCAUCCC